UUGGUAUAAUAUAAUUGGCUUGAAUGUAUGGUAACGAAUUCCACGAAGGUAGUAGAGAAGGGGAAAACUGAAAUUAUUCGAUCGUGUGUGGCAGUAUGGAAUGGUGUGCGAUAGACUCAAGUUUAGUUAAUUUUACUACGAUUUAUUAUUAAUAUUUCGUAUUUUUAAUAAAUUGAUUAUCGUAUUAAUUGUUCAUAAUUAUUCGUCUCGUUGAUUAGUCGAGUUUUCAGAUUUUGAAAAAACAUGUCUUCAAAGCCUGCUUACAAAAUUGAUAUAUAAAAGAAAUGGAAAUUUUUGCUUUGUAAAUCUGAUAUAUCUUUGGCUGAAUGGGGUAGAAAAGAGAUAACUCUAGCAGAAAAUGAAAUGCCUGGUCUUAUAGCAAUAAGACAAAAAUAUGGUCCAUCUAAAGUACUGCAAGGAGCUCGUAUUGCUGGUUGUCUUCAUAUGACUGUGCAAACUGCUGUUCUUAUUGAAACUUUAAUAGAGCUUGGAGCAAAGGUACAAUGGUCAUCUUGUAACAUCUUUAGUACACAAGACCAUGCAGCCGCUGCUAUAGCAAAAAUUGGAGUACCUGUUUAUGCAUGGAAGGGUGAAACAGACGAAGAGUAUUUAUGGUGUAUAGAACAGACCUUGAUGUUUGAUGAUAACAAACCUUUAAAUCUAAUCCUUGACGAUGGUGGUGAUCUUACAAAUCUUGUACAUACUAAAUUUCCACAAUAUUUAAAAGAUUGUCGGGGUAUAUCAGAGGAAACGACAACUGGGGUACAUAAUCUUUAUCGUAUGAUGAAGGAGGGAACCCUCAAGGUGCCUGCAAUAAAUGUUAACGAUUCUGUUACAAAGAGCAAGUUUGAUAAUUUAUAUGGAUGUAGAGAAUCUUUGAUUGAUGGUAUUAAAAGAGCAACUGAUGUUAUGAUCGCUGGAAAAGUGUGUGUGGUAGCAGGAUAUGGAGAUGUUGGUAAAGGAUGUGCACAAAGUCUUAGAGCAUUAGGUGGCCGCGUUGUUAUUACAGAAAUAGAUCCUAUAAAUGCAUUACAAGCAGCCAUGGAAGGAUAUCAAGUAACUACAAUGACAGAAGCAUCAACAGUAGGUCAAAUUUAUGUCACUACUACAGGAUGUAAAGAUAUAAUUUUAGGUGAACACUUUUUAAACAUGCCAAAUGAUUCUAUUGUUUGUAAUAUUGGACAUUUCGAUUGUGAAAUAGAUGUUGCAUGGUUAGAAAAAAAUGCAGUUAACAAAGUUAAUAUUAAGCCUCAAGUGGACAGAUAUACUUUAAAAAAUAAUAGACAUAUCAUUCUACUCGCAGAAGGUCGUUUGGUUAAUUUGGGAUGUGCCACGGGACAUUCUAGUUUUGUCAUGAGUAAUUCUUUUACAAAUCAAGUAUUAGCACAGAUUGAAUUAUGGAAUAAAUCUGGAUCCUAUACCAUAGGCGUCCAUAUGUUACCAAAGAAAUUAGAUGAAGAAGUUGCAGCACUACAUCUCAAUCACCUUGGUGUAAAAUUAACCGAAUUGACAGCAGAACAAUCUAAAUACCUUGAUGUUCCUAUAGAAGGUCCUUAUAAGCCCAACCAUUACAGAUACUAGCCAUUUUGUAAACAUUCUCUAUGUAUUUGGAUAAAGACAAUAAAACAACAUAUUAAUAUCUUA